AUGGUACGUGUGGCGGAAUAUGCAUGGCACCACCUUUUUCAAAGUUUUAACUCAAGACAAAAAUUAGAAGCCACGUUAAAUUUCAGGGAAACUGACGAGCAAUUUAUUCAAUUACAACACAACCAUAGCUACACCGUUGAAAUGAGUUUCUUACGAGGCAAGGACAUUCCACUAUCUACGGAGAUAUUGUUGGGACUUUUAACCUCCAUCAGCGCAUUUUUGUUUGUCAUCAAAUAUCGAAUUUUCAAAGACUCACAAACGUCCGGAUCUGAAGAAUUGAACUUUCAUGACAUCUUAGUUCUGUUCAUUCAAUUGGUUCCCAGUACAACAUUAUUCAACCCUUGGGUGAUUUUACUAGCCAUCUUUGCUGAAAUAUCCAUUGUUUCUUUCAUUUUUUCGUUUCUGGUGUUGUUUGUUGGCAGUAGAUUUGUUGAAAGAUUUUGGGGACGCAUGGAAGUGAUCAAAUUUGUUUUGAUCGUUGGUAGUGUGACCAACUUGAUUACUGUUUUGAUUGCUAUUAUAUCCAAUUUAAUUAGAGAAGAUGCAAAGAACAUGAAUACUCCAUUGGGUGGUGGUAUAUCCUACUAUUUUGGCUUCCUUGUUGUAUUUAAACAGUUGAUUCCAGAACACAACAUUGUAUUGUUUCAAGGGUUGGUCAACUUUAGAGUAAAGCAUGUGCCAUUUGCGUUGUUGGUAAUUUUGGGGCUUUGGUCUGCAAUUAUUAGUCAAUCUCUGUAUCCAGCUGUGCCAUCCACCGUGAGUUUCUUUGCUUCGUUUAUCUACUUGAGAUUUUUCCAAGCAUUACGUACAGAACCUAUCUUACCAGUUGUUUCGAAUGAUUCAAGUUCUGGUUGUGUCUUGAUUGGUGAUGCGUCUGAUACUUUUCAAUUAAUAGAGUUUUUCCCAGCAGUGACAAAACCUUACCUUGGGCCAGUGUUCAAUCAAGUAUACGAAUUAUCUGUCCUUUUGGGAAUAGUGACUCCAUUCAACGAUGAAACAGUUCAACAAAGUAAUACGAGGGCACAAAAGAGACUGGAACAAGUGAAUCAAAGUAACAAGAGUAUUGCCAGUUCUGUGGCCGAGAGAAGACGACAAAUUGCCUUGCAAGUGAUUGAAGAUAGAAUAAAUAAAGAGCAUCCAAAGUAA